UUUUGUUUGUGAGAGUCCAACGCACUUCUUCCUUCUUCCCGGCGACAUAUACAGAUCUUCCCUCUCUCUCUCCAUUUUUUUUUUCUUCCCCAGCUUUCGACAUACACGGGAAUUCUAACCCUAAUCCACAUUCUUUGUGGGAUAUUCUUGGUUUUUCCUGUUUAUUAUCGGAGCAGUUGCAGUCCACUCACAGAGUUGUUAUUUGAGGAUAUUAUUUGGAUUCAUUGAGACCCAUUUGGAGCCCUUUGUGAUUUGGAGGUGGGUUUUGAAGAAUGUGGUAAUGUGGAGGUUUUUGGAAGUUAUGUGUCCUGACUCCUGAGUGACCAUAGAGCGAGGACUUCUCUUGUUGCUUGCAAAUGGCUGAUAUAACGGGUCUUGUGGAGGCAGCAGGUUCAAGAUUUAGCUCAUUUGAGUUGAUCGGAAGGGGAUCCUUUGGUGACGUCUAUAAAGCGUUUGAUAAGGAGCUCAACAAGGAAGUUGCUAUUAAAGUUAUUGAUUUGGAAGAGUCAGAAGAUGAAAUUGAUGACAUUCAAAAGGAAAUUUCUGUUUUAUCUCAAUGCCGCUCGCCAUAUAUCACUGAGUAUUAUGGUUCCUUUCUUCACCAGACUAAGCUCUGGAUAAUUAUGGAAUACAUGGCUGGUGGUUCUGUCGCUGACCUUCUCCAAUCUGGACCACCACCGGACGAAAUGUCCAUUGCUUGCAUUUUACGUGACUUACUGCAUGCAAUUGAAUAUCUGCAUACUGAAAGGAAAAUUCACAGGGAUAUCAAAGCGGCAAACAUUUUGCUGUCAGAGAAUGGUGAUGUUAAGGUUGCUGAUUUUGGCGUUUCUGCACAGUUGACUAGAACAAUAUCAAGGAGAAAGACAUUUGUAGGAACACCAUUUUGGAUGGCACCAGAAGUAAUUCAGAAUUCAGAAGGUUACAAUGAGAAGGCAGAUAUCUGGUCAUUAGGGAUAACUGCUAUUGAAAUGGCAAAAGGUGAACCCCCGCUUGCAGAUCUUCAUCCAAUGAGAGUUCUAUUUAUCAUACCUCGAGAAAAUCCACCACAGUUGGAUGAGCAUUUUUCUCGUCCUAUGAAAGAAUUUGUCUCGUUGUGUUUAAAGAAAGUUCCUGCCGAGAGGCCAAGUGCGAAGGAACUUCUCAAGCACCGAUUUAUUAGAACUGCUAGGAAGAGCGCAAGGCUUCAGGAGAGAAUAAGGGAGCGGCCAAAAUAUCAAUUAAAGGAAGAUGGAGAAACCCCUAAAAAUGGUUCUAAAGCUCUAUGGGAGGGAUCUGAUACUGUGAAGGUGAAUAGAGACGUAAAAGCAGAUGAAACUGUUCGGGCCAGCAGUCAGGGGAAAACCCUGAAAAAUUCUGGAUGGGACUUCAGCAUUGGUGGAUCACAGAGCUCAGGAACUGUUAAAAGUGCCUUAAAACCUCCCCAGAUUAGAGAAAAGAAACCAGAAAGUUCAUAUAAUGAGGCUAUGCAGAGAAGAAUUUUGGAUGGUGGAAACCGAUUGUUUGCAUCUGGAAAUGCACUUAAUGAAUCGCCAGAAGCUCCUCUUGGAAAUGAUGCUAGACAUUCAUAUCAAGAUGAACAUCAAGACAUCUACCAAGAUGAUGAUGAAGUAUCCGUGAGCGGAUCAGGAACUGUAGUCAUACGAACUCCAAAAGCAUCUCAGACAUCUGCUCUGUUUCGAGACCAAGGCACACAGUCUAGCAGCACAUUUGCUUCUCUCGAAGAAGUUUCCACCAGCGGAACAGUUGUCUUUCGUGGCCAACAUGAAGAUUCUGAUUCCCCUCAGACACCAAGAUCCAGAUUAGGAAUUCAGGAAAGAAGUUCAAGUGCCUCACUGGAAGACAGCGCAGCAAACCUUGCAGAGGCAAAGGCUGCAAUGCAAGGAGGACUAAGGAAAGGAAAUGCUAGGGAAAGGUUUGUGUUGGGCAAGAUCAACACUGAUGGGCAGGAAAAUAGAAGAAGAGGGCAAAUGACAAACAGUUCUGAUUCUUCCGGAAGUUCUCGUGAAUACUUUGAUGCACCAAGAGUAUUUUCUACACCACGCCAAGGCAGUGAAGAUGAAGAAACUGCAAAAGUACCAUCAUCUGCAACAUUAUCAAUUUUGCUUAUCCCUUCCUUAAAAGAGGCAGUUGUUGAUGAUUCAGAAGGAUCUACUGUGAAGGCAGUCACAAAUUCACUUAUAAAUAUGGAGCGCAUGAAGCCUGGAUCCUGCGAAGUUCUUGUCAGCAAGUUGCUUCAGCAAUUGGCAAGUUCAAAGGAAUCUUCACUGAAAGAUCUACAGGAGCUGGCUGCUCGCAUCUUCAGUAAGGGCAAGACAGUGCUUGAAGAAACUCAAAAUGCAAAUGCUGAAGCUGAUACCAAGAAGAAGCAACAGAACAAGGAACACAAUUCAAAUGCCAAUUUAAGCCCACUGGCAAGAUUUUUACUCUCAAGAUGGCAAGGCCAUGUUUCCCGGGAUCUCAACCCAAGUUAAAAGAAGAGGUUUGGAAAUGCCAUUAAAUCUUUGUUUGCGGUGUGUUUAUCCUUCAAGCAUUCUUUCUGAUUCAAUGUACAUAUCAUUGUAAGAAAAAACAUGUAUUCAUGGUUCUCUUUUUUUUUUUGUCCUUCCCUUCUACCAUUUUUGUUUACUAGUUUCAGAAUCUCUGUAUAAUUAGGGUUUGUUUUUAAUUUUUAUUGGUGUAAUUUAAGUAUAUAAAUAAUUUUUAUAAAUAAAUUGUUCUAUAUUUAUAAACUUUGAGAGAAAUGUUAAUCA